CCUCUCUGAGUUGCCAGAAGCAGCGAGGAGGCGACCAGCGGCGGAGGGGCUGGAGACAUAUCGGCUGAUCGGCCUCUGACCAUCACAAGCACCUGGACCCGACCUGCCCCGCCGGUUCUGGUCCGGAUUCAUACGUGGCAGCCCGCGGAGCAUGUGCCGCUCGCUGCGCUGAAGAUCCCCGCCGCUGACGGAGAGGAGAACCGGGCGAGUCUGAACGUGGUCAUGGCCAACUGCGCCGGUGUCCAGUACGAGCCCGUGGCAGAGAUUGGCGGCGGCGCCUACGGCACCGUGUACAAGGCCCGGGAUACGGAGAGCGGCAAGUUUGUGGCUCUGAAGAACGUGCGCGUGCAGACGGACCAAAAUGGCCUCCCGGUCUCCACAGUCAGAGAGGUGGCUCUGCUGAAGCGGAUGGAGCAGUUCGAUCACCCCAACGUGGUUCGCCUCAUGGACGUAUGUGCCACCCAGAGGUCGGACCAGGAAACCAAAGUCACUUUAGUGUUUGAGCACGUGGACCAAGAUCUGAAGACUUAUUUAGAGAAAGCUCCAGCUCCAGGAUUGUCUGCCGACUGCAUUAAAGACUUGAUGAGGCAGCUGCUCUCUGGCCUGGCGUUUCUUCACUCUAACCAUGUGAUGCACAGAGACCUGAAACCUGAGAAUAUCCUUGUGACCAGCCAGGGCCAGGUGAAGCUGGCUGACUUCGGCCUCGCCAAGAUCUACAGCUGCCACAUGGCGCUCACUCCUGUGGUAGUGACCCUGUGGUACCGGCCUCCAGAGGUUCUGCUGCAGUCCUCCUACGCCACUCCUGUUGACAUAUGGAGCACCGGCUGCAUCUUUGCCGAGAUGUUUAGACGCAAACCCCUGUUCUGUGGAGAGUCUGAAAUGGAUCAGCUUGGGAAAAUCUUUGAAGUCAUCGGCUUGCCGCCGCAGGAAGAGUGGCCGACCGACGUUACGGUGCAAAGAAAAAACUUCCCCAGUCUCAAGCCGCGGCCAGUCAAAGAUUUUGUUCCAGAGAUAAAUGAGCAGGGAGCUAAACUGUUGAUGCAAAUGCUGACCUUUGAUCCUUUGAAACGGAUUUCGGCCCUGAACGCCCUAGAGCAUCCUUAUUUCCAGGACGAGGAGACGAAAAGCUGAACUCGCACUGUAGAAAAAUGCUCAAGGAGGCAACAGUGUCGUUAAUUUAGGAUUUUAUUCAGUGCAUUUCCCUUUUUUUGUGUACGGCCUGUGCUGUGAGAUUUUACUUUGUUCUUUCUGCAUCAAAAACGAGAAUCAGGACCACGAGAGCGUCUGGCUUCUGAACUCUUCACAAUUACAGGUGUUACAAUUACUAGGAGAACCAGUGUUUUUAUAGUGCAAGACCUCAGCAGGGACUGAUAUCUUGUCAUCUGCAGUGCUGCUCAUGGGUCUGAAUAAUGUUGAUCCCGACUGUCGUGGUGAUUUUUGUCUUUUUUUAAUGAUGUGUUGCGAAAAGAAAAAAAAAACAAGAGCAAUGCAAGUCUGUGAAAGCCUCUUAGCUUGAGUAACAUUAGUGACAACAACUCUAUUCAAAUCACAAGGAAACAGUUGAACAAAAAGCGCACAAAUAAAACGCACAGUUAAAAGAUACUGGUAUGGCUCGCUAAUUAUCUCACUAAGGAAAAUUGUUUCUUGUGAAAUUAAUUUCAUAUUUUUUUUGUUAACAACCAGCAGUGGGACCAUAAAUAAAUCGGACCUAACUCGAUUACUGUCAGAUUUCAUUUGUGUUAUACUUUAUUGGUGGUGAUCUAUAUAAACCAAUAAAUGUGAACGAUGCAUUAUAAC